CAAAUUGUCUUCAUUUCGUGAGAGAAUACUGAGCCGUGCAGUCGUGCUAUCGUCCCCGUCCUGCCUAGUUUGAAAAACGAGUAAAAUUGUUGAAUUUUCCUUGCAUUUUGCUCUUAAAAACCACAUCAGUAUUCAACAUGUUUGAAGCAAAACUUCUCCAAGGAUCUAUCCUGAAGAAAGCUCUGGAAGGAAUCAGGGAGCUGAUCAAUCAAGGAAACUGGGAGUGUUCAUCAGAAGGCAUCAGCAUGCAAGGAAUGGACUCGAGUCACGUAGCAUUGACCGCCCUUACCCUUAAGAAAGAUCUCUUUGACCAAUUUAGAUGUGAUCGCAAUGUUACAUUAGGACUCGGUCAUGCAGUAUUCUCAAAGAUUUUAAAGUGUGCUGCUAAUGAUGACAUCAUCACAAUUAAAGCCGACGAUGAACCUGAUGAAGUGAACCUUGUGUUCCAGUCUGCCAAUGACGAUAAAGUAUCAGAUUUCGUAAUCAAACUCAUGGAGAUUGAUGCUGAAACACUAGGCAUUCCAGACACAGAAUACACUGCCACAGUCAAAGUCCCAUCAGGAGAGUUCCAAAGGAUUUGCCGCGAUCUGAGUCAGUUUGGAGACACCAUCGUUAUCGCAGUCAAGAAGGCAUGCGUCGAGUUCUCGGGGACUGGCGAGAUCGGAUCUGCCAAGAUCGCUCUCAAGGAGAGUGGAAACGUAGAUGAUGACGAGAAGGUAUCCGUGGAGAUGGAGAAGGACGAAGGUUGCAGUCUUUCCUUUGCCAGCAGGUACCUCAAUUUCUUCACAAGAGCCACAUCACUCUCGGACACAGUCACACUUCAGCUCUGUCCCGAAAAUCCACUAGUUGUAUCCUAUGACAUUGGAGACCACGGUUCACUCAAGUACUACCUUGCGCCAAAGAUCGAAGAGGAUUAAAUCAUUUCAAAGGCAAUCUCCAGGAUAUCUGGUACAGCGCUGCUAGCCAGCCUCGGUCUAAAGAACAUUUCCCUGCAGAUUCGAACAGUCUCUGGGAUUACUCGAACAACGUGUACGGAAGAGAGUAGAAUUCCCACUAGGAAUUCACAGAAAAAGGGGUAUGAAUUGUCUGCAUAUCAAGCCCCGGUCCACUUUUAGGGGUUACCAUCUUUAGGCUUGAACUAGAUGAACUCUUUUCAGUCUCGUACUAUCUGAGCCACCCAAGUUAUUUUUACAUAACUUUGUGACCACUGUUUUAUUGAUACUUUCUGUAGGUACAUUAAGAAUUUUUCUGUCAAUGUUAUUGAACAGGAAAUAACGGGCAGUUCACUCUUGUACACCUGUAUUCACAUUAAAUUGAUAACUUUUCAUUGGUCAACUUUCACAUGUAUUAAAGUUUGUAUGGUUAAUCUCAAUUUUGUGUGAUUCAGGAAGGUUUGCUUAUUUAUUGGAACUUUUUUAAUCAUCAAUUAUACCUGGGGGGGGGAGCUUUUUGAGUCUGUUCUAUGCCUGUGAGGGAUUUCUAAGGUUAUGUUCACAGUAUAAAAUUUUUGCUUAGAAUAGGCAUUUUGAUAUGCAUUAACAUGUAAUAAAAUACAUGGUUGAGACUGGCAAUCCCUUGAUCUUCAAAAAUGUCCAUUAUGGCCCAAGACAAUUAUAUCAAAUAUGUAUAUUCUUGUCAAAUGUUAAGGUUUUAAUGCAUUUUGACUAUUUAUAGGUGUUACGAUGGGUUUGCAUAAGACCAGAAGCUUCAGUCUCUUUCCCAUCAGUUCCACUUACGUACUACAUUGACUCCAUCUAACCUUUGUUCUGAAGAUAGAGGUAAAAUGUCAGAAAUCAAUGAAUAAGUCCCCUGAAGGGUUAUACAAUUUAGAUCAAGAAUUCUGCAAGUAUUUAUAUCCUAAGAAAUCUUUGGGUGAUGUUCUUUAGACUUUAAUAUGAUGUAUGUUUGUAAAUAAAUCAUAUAAUUUGUGUGUAUUAUUCUACAUGGGUAGAAGAUAUUUGGCUUGAAAAUGCACUUUGCUGUAAAGUGUUCCUGGUAUGGCAAGAGAGUUAAAUGAAGAUUUACUCGCCCUAUAUGAUGGGAUGACAUUUUGUAAGAACUGAGAUGUCACAAUUCAAUGUCCAUAUGAAUUUAGAUGCCACAGUUGACAUUUUGAUACAUGAAAUAACUCGUAAAGGAAGUGUUACAACCGUAAUCAUUUAUGGCACUUGGCUCGCACACCAGGGCUCCGUAACACAAAGAUUAGCGAUCAAUCGCUAAAUGAACUGACCAAUCAAUAUCGAUGUUACACACGCAUUAGGUUUAAAAUACUGACCAGGGACCAAUCAGUACGGUUCUUAUUUGCAAUCCAUCGCAAACCUUUGUGUUACGGAACCCAGAUGUGCUGGUGCUUGUGAUGUAGCUUGUGUACAAUUUGUAUACAUCUGUCAAACAAACGGGAUAUUACCUAUUCACUUGCUUGCAUAGAAAGAACAUGUAAGGGCUAAAGUGAACCCUAAUACAUUAUCAAUUUUGAUGUGUGAAUGUAAGCCAUAGAUACCAUAUUUAUUGGGGAUUCCGUUUUUCAUUACCAUAGUGGCAAAGUUUCCUUUUUGAUAUUGGUUAUCAGGGCUUGUUUCAUAAAAACUUGCAACUAUUGCCAUUUUUUGCAACAACCAUGGAAACCUUGAUUGUGAUUGGCUGCUGAGCCCUGUUGCCAUGGUGGUUGUUGCUAUUAUGACAAAGUUGCAUUAGUUGUUACGUCUUGUGAAACUGCCCCCUGGUAUCUGUUGUCAUUGGUUAUUGAUUGAUUGCAAGCUUGUAUCCCUUAACAGAGAUUAGUGAUAGAGAUUAUACUGGUUCAUCACCAAUUCAAUGUUGAUCAUCUGCAUAUUUAAACACGAAAGAUAUUUAGUUGUCCAAUUUAUAUCCAAUGAUUUAUUGGACUCUGGACCUCUAUAAAAUCAUAAAAACAAUCUCGCAACCUGCUAGCCAAAUGCAACUUGACAUUGUGUGUGUAGAGGAGCUUAGCAGCUGGUCUAAACAUGGAAAUAUGUCUUUCCAGGGAUUUAUUUCCAGCAUUUGUUGACAUUUUGAGGUUUAGGGACUCGUGAGUGAUCUUAUGAAGCCAGAUGAAGUCUUAGUAUACCUUCAUUUCAAAGUUAAAUAGACUGAUUGUUUUCAGACCAAGCCUGCUUUUACUUUGUAUUUCAGUUUCAUACCAUUUUAUUCAAUGCCAGUCGUAAACCAGUUAUCACCAGUGUGCAUUCUCAAUCCAAUAAAAUGUAAAUUUGUAUUCUG